GAAAAAUGCGGUUUUAUUUAUGGCCAAUGUGCAAUGGCGCUUCCAAAUUUUCAGCGAAGAAGCAAACCAAAGAGCAAGCAUUAGAAUGUGCAGCGACAGCGAACAACAAGGAUGGCGUUACACAUGGGAAGCACAGUCCCACAUCCCAACGCUGCGUUUAACGCUCUUCCCUAACGACAAAACCCUAAACCCUUCUCUCCAAUGCAAAGACCUCGCCGUCGAUCUUCACUCCUCCCACUCCUUCCUCACUCUCACAGCCUCCUUUCUCUCCCUUAGGGUUCCGCUCCCCGCCGUCUUGGUCGAUGGCGACUCUCCGGUCGCUUUCCGGCCUCUCUCCGACCACAUCGAGGUCAAGCUCCUCCUCCUCCUCCCCGUCGACCACCCCAUCCUCUCCGCCCUCGACCUCUCCCAAACCCCGCCGCCGGACCCUCUCGAUUCACAAUCCGAUGUGAAAAUUUUGUCUUCUGCAGGAGAAGUUGACUUCUACUGCAGAACUUGUGCCUUCAAGUUGACCAGAAUUCCUCUCAGGAAUUUUGUUGAAAUGCCAUCGGUGAAUUGGAGAGAGGUGGCGGACAAUUGGUUUGGAGCUUGCUGUUGUUCGUUUGGAGGGAUAAGUGAGAAGAUGGUGAUGAGAUAUGUGAGUUCUUAUAUGUGCAGGCCGGGGGUAUGUCUAGUAAGUUCUGCUUCUGUCACUCUUUGCAAGGAUGAUCUUGUGGAAUGUAAUUUUCUUGAAGGGUGUGGAGAGCAAGAAUGUAGUACUGUAACAGAAGUCUCCAGAGAUGAUGGUGUUGUCAAAGGCAUGCGAAACUGUGAAUUGAAUGAUGAAAGAACUUCAACUUGCAGUGACUAUGGUGAAGUGACCCAUGCUUUUGAUAGCAAUUCUAGGCUUGUACAUCCUGAGGAUGAGAAGCUUUCUGUGAAUUUGAGGUGUGAAGUUGCGAAGAGUAAACCUGGUUGUGGUGACUUCCCUGAUUCAUGUCCAGAUUUGAAUCAUGCCGAAGAUGUGACCCAAACUCCUAGUUGUUGUGCUCAUUUGACAAGCAAUGUUGGGCAUGGAGACAGUGAACACAAUUUAUGUGGAACUGCUGGAAAGAAAGGGAUGCCAACAGAGACUGUGGAAAUUCUGGGAAAUCAGAAGUCUUUCCUCAACGGUUAUCUUGAAGAUGUUUUCAUGGCUAGAUUAUCAAAUCUUUCUAAGGAUAUUGAUUGGCGUGAAUUUACGUGCCCUCAAUGCACGUCUCUCCUUGGAGCCUACCCAUGUCGUGAGGGACAGACACCUGUAGAUGGGGGAGUACGAUUUUUCAAAUGUUAUAUUUCAACUUGUGUGCAAGUUGGAGGAUCAGGGGAUAUGUUCAGUAAAUAUACAAUGGGCAAAAUGUUUGCAAAUCAGUUGAUGGAGUGUGCAAAUGAUGAAUCAUCAUUUCGGUUUGUCAUUAGAGAUCUGACAACCAAAUCCCCCGUCCUGCAAAUCAUUCUCUUAAAUCCAGAUACUUGGUCAUGUUCUGGGAAUUGUUCUAGUUUAGAAGACAAAGACCCAAUUGCUAAAUUAAAGUUACAGCCCAUAAUCAAAGUGCUUUUUUCUGACUGCCACAAUGCAACAGAAUCUCAAUCAAGGUUGAUAGAGGAAUGGGCAACAAAGAAUUCGGCUGAAGACAUUUUCAUGUUGACUCGUCAAACACAAGAAUUGGUGGGGUUGUUCAUAUCAGCAAAAGAUUUAUAUCCACCUUGUUGUGCUUCCCUUCAAGGUUUAAUUUUGUCAUCUUUGCAACUGUAGUAAUCUACUCAUCAACUCGUUCGGCAACCAAAAGGGUCGAACAAUGAUUAAAGUUUUGUAUUGUAUGAAGGAAACGUAAAAUUAUAGCUAGAAUUUACUUGACAGAAUAGGUGCCAGAAUUAUAUUGAUCUUGAUUAUUUGGAUAGAUAAUUGGCGUCAAUUUGUCUUAUCCAACUACGUUAUUGCUGGUUAAAUCCUAUUUAAAUUA